AUGGAAUUCUAUCGUACAGCAACACAAGUCCUUCCUGAAAGUAUCUUUGUAUCAGUUGAUGUCGGUGCUGUCUUUGGUUCGAGUGGAUUCAUUGAUUUUUAUGUUGAUGAUGCAAGAGACUGGGCGAUCGAACUCUUGCGAGAUGGAGAUGAUGUCGAAGAACAUUGUAGACGCUUUGAGGCUGAUAAUGUAUACGGCCCUAUUGUUGGAAUUGCAAAACAGUACGCCAUUAUUGAUAUUAGACAGUCACAGAAAGAACUUCCGCGUUCUCCCAAACGAGAAUUUAUACACGUCCAGUGUGCUAAAAAUUUUUGA